AUGAAGCAAUGCCUCCUCUCGCUCUUUUUAAUUUUGAGUAAAACUUUGAUCCAGGGCUCUAUUGAGAUUCUGGUGGAGGAUGAUGGAGUCAUGACCACGGGUAAGCAGCUUGAAAUCACAUUGCAAGGUUUGAUCAAAUCAACGGAAGAUUUCAGCUAAUUCUGUCUUUGUGGGGACGAACGAAGAGCUGCAGGUGCUUCAGAUCUGCUUGAAUUCACCUGACCUUGUCAUAAUUGACGAGAAAUGCAAGAAAGCAAGUGAACCUUGCAAAAAGCUCUGUAAAAACGGUAUAUAUCUGGGAUUUGAUAAAUAGCCAAAAAUUUAGAUGUGUUUUGUCGUUCGUUCUGCAAUCCCAUCUGCUGUUUGUCUUCGGAAAUCAUUGAGAAGCAAUGCGCAGAAGCUGCUGGUGGAUACUCCCUAAACUCAACAAAACUCAGCGUCCUGAAAGGGUUCUGGAGAUCGCCUAAUGAUUUGGCAAUUGGAAUCUGGGCUCAAGAUGAGAUAUUUGUAGAGGACUGGAAUGAUAACCGUAGAAGCCUUGGACUAAUCAAAUUUGCGUUGAAGGUCAUUGGCUCCGUAUAUCAUGAUCCUCUUACUGCGACUAUAAUGUAAGCAAUAAAUAUGUGUAAAUCGAGUUUUAGAGGGCAACUUGGUCUUGGAAGAGAUCCACAUAAAAGGAAUAUAAUUCAAACAAUGGCUGAGAGAGGAAUCAUUGAAGAGGAGUUGUUGACAGUUGAACAAACCUCCGAACACUAUGCAAGCUACAUAUUUGGACGCUACAAUGGAGUAGCAUGCAACACGGACAGAAAGUCCAUAGAUGUCAUUGGCGACUAUGAAUGGAUGUUUGACGCAACGGCAGCGGCAUUCUUUGAUUACGAAUCUCAUUCGCACCCAUUUCGAAUAAUCCUAGAAGUUGGUGGACUAACACGGAUGCCCCGAGGUGUACUUCUGUCUUUUAUUGAGUCAAAACUUCUGUAUCAGGAGGACAACGAGCUUCACAAUCAUUACGUUGUCAACCACACAAGGAGAGACGACAAUUUCAAAUUUUAUUUUAAUGCCACGAACAAUUUUACCUUACAAUACAGUCUGGAGUCUCUGGCAAUCGCAUGGCCGCAUCCGGAAGAUUUCUCAGUAAUUCUGGCCGCGGCUCUUGAUCCCAAUCCGGACAAUGUUGAAUGGAUUAUUGGACGACCGUUGUUUAUGAGUUACUGUGUGGCGUUAGAUUAUAAAAACGACAAGCUAUGGUUUGCUUCAUACAAUGAGAAUAAUGAAGAUGAUGAUGACGGUCAUGACGACGAUGAAGAACACGAUAACGACGGAGAACCUGAUAACGACGGAAAAGAUAAACAUGACGAGGUAUAA